AUGGACAAGAAGUUAAGAACAAGAGAAGAAGCAACCAUUAUACAACAAGACUGGGGCCAGGAACUGGUUCAGUACAAGAACAUUAAAGAUGAACCAUACUUUAGGGUUAAGAGUUGCAGUGGGGUUUUCAGUUUGUAUAAGAAAUGGUGUGAAAGACAAGGUCUUGAUAGCAGUGUGUGGCUGAACAAAAGUGCCACUCAAUUUUGGGACUACUAUACAAGGAAGAGAUCUCAGUUAAUAACGCGGUAG